UUUAGUUGUCCGACGGGGCGGUGCUUCGUGUUGCUACAUCACCACCUUUUGUCGUUGUCGGGCAGCUGCAAACUGGAAAGUCCCUGACAGCCGGGGAGGUUUCAGAUAAGAAAUCUCCGGCUAGCUCUGUCAUUUUGAAUGAGGGAUUUUAACAUUUUCUUCGCCUCGCUGCCUCCGCGGAUGUAAAAUUCUUUAAGGUUGUUGCAGUAGUGAUUUUUUCAAGCUAACCAAGUGCUAGAUGCUACCUUCGAGUGCUAGCUUGUGUUAGCAGGGUAGCUCUUUGUGUGGCUAGCUAGCCGAGGGAUGUUUUGUUGUUGUUGAACCGAGCAGCCCUCCCGUCGUCAGGGAGAGGAGAUUCAUCAGCUGUGUAUGGAAAAAACACCUCCUCGACGCUUCCUCAUCCACUGACAUUAUAUGCGAAAGUGGCAUCCUCUGUUAGUUAAAUCCGCUGCAAGUAGCGCGACACCGAAAUAGAGAGAGUGAAGAGUUUGACCAAGGAGGAAGGAGAUGGGAAACUGUCUGAAAUCUCCGACCUCGGAUGAUAUUUCUCUGCUACAUGAAUCUCAGUCGGACCGGGCCAGCUACGGAGACGGUGCUGACCACGACCAGGAGCCACCGCCCCCCUAUCAGUUGGUGAUGGAUGAUGGAAGACCAAGGGAGCAGAUCCAUGUGCCUGUUUACCACCCAACACCCAGCCAAGCCCGACUGGCCACUCAGCUGACAGAGGAGGAGCAGGUUCGCAUUGCCCAGCGUAUCGGCCUCAUCCAGCACCUCCCAAAGGGCGUGUAUGACCUGGGGCGGGAUGGCUCUGAGAAGAAGAUCAGAGAGUGUGUCAUCUGUAUGAUGGACUUCGUGUACGGAGACCCCAUCCGGUUCCUGCCUUGCAUGCACAUCUAUCACAUGGACUGUAUAGAUGACUGGCUGAUGAGAUCCUUUACUUGCCCCUCCUGCAUGGAGCCUGUGGACGCUGCACUGCUUUCCUCCUACGAGACCAACUAACACGCCCACAGACAACUGUGGACCAGACUGGACACACACACACACAGUGAUUAUGUAAAGAUUUAUGAUGAUCUGUCAUGGCUGUGUCUGUGUGUGUGUGUGUGUGUGUGUGUGUGUGUGUGUGUGUGUGUGUGUGUGUGUGUGUGUGUGUGUGUGUGUGUGUGUGUGUGUGUGUGUGUGUGCGCGUGUGCGCGCAAGUGUGUGGGUGGGUGUAGGUGUGGGUGUGUGCAUGCACAAGUUCCUCAGUUGGCCUGCUGGACAGGAUCGCAUCUGGGAAAGGACUGGAGGAAUGAACAGUGGUGGUGGUCAGGAUGAGCAGGAAGGAGCUGGAUCAAGGAAAGGAGUAAAAGAUUAGAGCUGACAAUGGGGGAGUGUGAUAAUACAAUAUAAAGGGAAGUCAAGGGGAAUGGAUGACAGUUAACUGGUAUGAUUAAGAAACCUUUCCAAGAUCCGCUUUUAUAAAAGUAAAUACACAUGCAAGCAUACCCAGUCACACACUUCCUUAAUCAUUGAAAUGAACCUAGACAGAAUAAAGGAGAAAGGACCUCUGACUGCCAUCAUCAGGCUGUAGAUUGCAUUUCUUGGACUACUGAAGCCUCACUACCAUAAACAAAAGAAAUGCCCUUCAUAUGAUCUGCCAGGUUCCGGUUGCAGAGUCAUAUCUGCUGCAAAAAUUGCUACAGAUGGAGAUAUAUGAUUUAAAAACUGCAAGAUAUGGACAUCAGACUUCAGACUACGACCAUCAGAUGUAUUCUGCAGACAUACCACAGGCCUCCACUUGUCCAAGGCACCUGGGCCUGAAGUUGUCGGUCUGUACAGAUCUCAUGAGAAAAAUAAUAAUGGUCAGUCGAUUGUCGAUUGUUGAUUGUCCUGUGACUUUGUGAAAUCUGUGUUCUGUGUUUGUUUUCUCAGUCAGCAUAAGGGCUCAGUUUAACCAGUGUUUAUUAACAACACAGACAUGGCAAAGGAAAAUACAGUAUGUGCUUUAGUCACUAAUGUGAUGGAUAGCUGGUAGACCGUUGCCAUCAAGCUUUAGACUCCUCAUAACUUUCUCAGUCUCAGAUUAUUGGCCAAAGCACAAGUGGACCAGUUAACAAACCAUUCAUACAAAUCAGAGAUAUUUGCACUUCUUAAUCAGACUUGUGACAAGAGUUGACCAUAUCCAUUCAGUAAUUAUGUCAAAGUGAAGUAUGUGAUUUGCUUUCCUACAUUUUCAUUACCAUUGCAAUGAUUUGUAAUGAAAGCCACUGUCUCUGUGAACCAGGAGUGGGUGCAUAAUUUAUUACUGGUGACGGUAACCAAACUGCUGAAUUACUUCUGAGGUUGGUGCCCCUGUUAUAGACCAAGUCAUGUAAUUUUAAGGACUCCCUAAGGGCAAAAUUAAAAAGACAUACACAAAGUCGGGCUCAUUUAAUGUGUUUGCACAUAUAAAUAAAGUAUCACUUGUUCAGUGAAAAACCUGUUCAACCACACCUAAAGCAAACAUUCACAGGGGAAACAGUUAAAGGUGCUAGGUGUCACCAUCAGGACAGUGAUCAUGAAGAAUGAAUAUGGAGUUUAUCGUCAGCCGUUAUACAAUGAACUGACUGUGAGUUCUCAGUUUAGAAAGGUUACAUAUCUUUACAUUGGUAUUGUCUUCAUUUUCUUCGCAUCAAGUUGAGGCCCCGAUCUAAAUGAUCUCCUUGCCACAUUUUAAAAUGUAUAUCGCCUAAGUCACUAAGUUAAUGAAAGCACAAAGAAAUACAAAGGAUCCAGUUUAUUUUCCCUCUCCCUGCUAACGUUGGCAUGCAAAUGAGGUCGGAGAGACUUUGAAUAAUUUGGGGGAUGAUAAAUCAUUUGAGCCCCCCCUGCUUAGCGGGCAUGCUACAGAUCAAACACAGUUUGGAAAAAAUGCCUUUUAGUGGUGUGUGCGUGCGUGCGUGCGUGCGUAUACCUGCGUAUACCUGCGUGUGUGUGCAUGUACGAGGCUUCUUGGCCUUUGUGUGAGGUAGCAGUAAGCACCUUAGUUUUGCACAUUACUUUAAUCUACUUAACUCUUAAUGUUGUACAUCGUCCUCCAUCAGUAAGGUGGACCCUCAUGGCCUUAGGUUACAUGUGAGUAUCAGCUGCUAAAAUGUAGAGCAGAGUCCAGUUAACUUCAAGACACUUGGGGGGGGGCAGGCAGUCAUAGUACGUGUUAUGUCAUGAAGAUUACAAAAGGUCUGUCAAGAAAAUUGUCCUACAUUGUCAUAAAACUAAUAAAUUGUCAGUGUAU